UUCAUAUACAUAUUUUAUUGAAGCAUGAUUUGAAUUGACAUCUUCCUUUCACAAAUUAUAUAUUAUUAUAAGCUUUUUGAUCGAGCUGUCUAUAUAUAUAACACAUCACAAGCUAGCUUAGAAACCAAUAAUAUUAUUCAUCAACAUCAUAUAAUUUUCUCUCUUAGUUUUUUCUUUUCUUUUGAUCCAAACACUUACAAAUUCUUAGAGAUCAAUAUGGCCGCCAUGGCAACCGCUCUCCUAGUUCUCUUGAUGGCGGCUCCGGCGGUCUAUGGAGCAACUUACACCGUCGGUGAUAGCUCCGGCUGGGCCUCCGGCGUAGACUAUACUACUUGGGCUUCUGAUAAGACAUUUUUAGUGGGUGACACUCUUGUGUUCAACUACGACACUACCCACAAAGUUGAUGAAGUAGACUCAAGUGACUACGCUGCUUGCGGCACCUCCAAUGUGCUAAAAUCCCAUGGUGGCACAACUGUUACCAUUACUCUCGACAAAUCUGGUUCUCGAUACUUCAUUUGCCCUACUGCUGGCCACUGUGGUAAUGGCAUGAAGCUUCAAGUCGAUGUUAAGGAUUCUAGCACCCCAUCCACUCCUUCUACUCCUUCCACUCCUUCCACACCCUCCACUCCCUCCACACCCACCACCCCCAACACUCCUCCCACCACCGAGAAGUCGCCACCUAGCACAGCUGCUGGCUUAGUCGGUAACAUGAAGGUCAUUGGGGGUUCAUUUGUGUUGGCAACUUUGUUGCUUGCGUUCUAAGUGAUCUCGAGUUAGGGGAGAGGCAGUGCGAUAUGUAUUUGUAAUAUUAGGCCGAUUUAUUAUUGUAAUUUAAUGUUGUAUGCUCUUGUUAAUUUGGUUUUUUGGUGAAUGUGUGAUUUUCACCAUGGAUGGAUGUAUGUUACUUGAUUCUAUGUCUAUAUCAUUUCAUUAUAGACAAAUAAAAAACAAAAACAAAAAUAUCUUCUUUAAUUACAA